AUGAUGGAGAUGGUUUGGCAGCGGGCAGCGCAAAUGUUAGCGCUGGUACGUCCAUACCUACGAGUGUUGCUUCUACCAGCAGGUGCAUACACGCUCUAUCGCCUCAUACCAGCACUCAUACCCGGACCACAACAUCAGUCGAAAUUAGUGGUUCGUAAUCGAACCGUGCUGAUCACAGGCGCAAGUUCAGGCUUGGGUCGGGAAUUGGCCAUAAAAUUCUAUCGAGAGGGCGCAAAACUGAUAUUGACAGCGCGAAGUAUCGAUAAACUGAAGGAGUUGUGCGAAGAACUGAAACAAAUGCAAGAUGUUGAGAAUGAGAAUGAACCAGUUUAUGAGUAUUUGGAUAUUUGUGAUGCGAAUGGCUUCAACGAGAUCGUUUCACUGGCAAAACAACAACCUAUUGAUGUGCUGGUGAAUAAUGCUGGUUUGAGUAUGCGAGGCACUUGUAAGGACACAUCCAUGCAAGUCUAUAGACAGGUUCGAUUGCUUACUCCAGAGAUUUCAAUUUUGAUUUGUAUCGUUUUUGGCUGUCUUCUUCACAUCAUUUGUGCAUCAUCGUGA